AUGUCAGACCUCGCGAAGCACUUUGCAAAAGCCAACCUCUCCGCCCUCCCUCCCCCCGAACCGCUCGCCGAAGAACCCCUCGAAUACGAAGAUGACUCGUCUUCCGCAUCGUCAAUGUCCAGCACCGGCACUGUAAUACCCUCGAGUACAUUGAGGCCCGCGCCAGCCAUACAUUGGUCUGAUUACUUUGCCCAAGAACUGUUUCUCGAGCGAAAACCGAAUCCAGAGCAGAACAGUCUGGGCCAUGCCAAGUUCCACGUCUACUUGACCCCGGCAACAAAACCCAAGGCGCCAUUACUGGUCCUCCACCAUGGCGCAGGCAGCUCGGCAAUGAGCUUCGCCCUCAUGGCAAAAGAAGUGCGGAAACAAAUGCCAGAGAUGGGCAUCCUAGCUGUCGAAGCACGGGACCAUGGAAGCGUAGUCUGGAAUUCGGAUGGCGAAGUCGACAACAACCUCAGCAUCUCGCUUCUCAGCCAAGAUCUCGUGGAUAUGCUACACCUCACCCAGGUCAAGAUGGGCUGGAAAGAACUACCUACCUUAGUUCUGAUUGGGCAUAGUUUGGGUGGCGCCGUCGUCACAGACGCUGCGAACAGAGGCUUGUUCGGGAAUAAGCUGUUGGGAUAUGGCGUGUUCGAUGUUGUCGAAGGCAGCGCAAUGGAGGCCCUGAAACACAUGCAGGCCUACCUCGCCACACGCCCGAAAUCAUUUCCUUCCCUCUCCAAUGCUAUUGAAUGGCACAUUCGGUCACGGACGCUACGCAACCCACAAUCUGCCAGAGCAAGCGUACCUAGCUUAUUACUGCAGACACCCGACGGACGAUGGGCGUGGCGGACUGAGCUUGGAAGUACAGAGGCGUACUGGGAGAAUUGGUUUACGGGCAUGAGCGGGAAGUUUCUGAGUGGGAAGGGGGCGAAGCUGUUGCUGCUUGCGGGGACGGAUCGGUUAGACAAGGAGUUGAUGAUUGGGCAGAUGCAGGGCAAAUUUCAACUGCAGGUUUUCCCAGCUGCUGGUCACUUCCUUCACGAAGACCUGCCCGAAAAAACUGCCGAGGUUGUGGUUGAGUUUGUAAAGCGAAAUGAUCGGAGCACGUUGGUUCUUCCACCGAAAGUGUCAGAUAUGCUUGCGCAGGGCAAGAAGGUCUGA